GAUGUAUAGUUUAAGACCCUUGGUUAGAAGCAACAUAUUUUAGCCUAAACAAUAUAAAAACAAAAAUACAUGAAAAAUAACAAAAUCUCCAACAUAACCUAAUUUUUACUCGCUCUAAAUGUCUUUUACCACUAUUUAUUGACAGUCGGAGACAAGAUUGUCAAUUUUUGUUUGGCUAUUUCAGAGAAUUGUAUGUGGCUAUUUAGCUUUUUUACCUCAAAUCACAGAUUACACACUAUUGGAUAGUGAGUGGGAAAAAAUGGCUCUUCCAGCCAACUACAAGCAAGUAGCUAUGCAAGUGGCUAGCCCCCAAUCUUCAAAUCAUUUGAUGUCGGCUGGCGCUCCCAUGACUUUCAACAUAUUGAAAGAAAGGCUUAGGGCAUCUGGCAGUUCUGCAUCAUCUGCAAGUAAAGAAACCAAUCCCUUUACAUCUACGGCUAGUGGAAACCCUGGAUUUGUACCCCAAAAAGUAGGAACAGGAAAAGUAAAAACUGAGGCAAAAAUACCACGAGCUCCUAAAGCCCCCGAAAAACCUCUGAUGCCCUACAUGAGAUACAGUCGAAAAGUGUGGGAUAACGUUAAGGCUCAGAAUGCUGACUUGAAGUUGUGGGAGAUCGGUAAAAUAAUCGGUUCAAUGUGGCGGGAUUUGCCCGAUGAAGAAAAGCAGGAAUUUAUUGAAGAAUACGAAAUAGAGAAGGUGGAAUAUGAGAAGUCGCUCAAAGUUUACCACAGUUCUCCUGGUUAUCAAGCGUUCAUUCAGGCUAAAAACAAGUGCAAGUCUGAAAAAAUUUUAGCUGCUCAAGGAUCAGAUGGCGACAGCCAUGAGAGAAGCACCAGUUCAUCCAAGCAAUCUGCAGAUAGACGGAUUGAAAUUCAACCGGCAGAAGAUGAAGAUGACCAAGACGACGGGUACUCUGUAAAACACUUGGCCUAUGCUCGCUACUUAAGGAACCACCGGUUAAUUAAUGAAAUAUUCUCCGACUCAGUGGUUCCGGAUGUUAGAUCUGUCGUGACGACCGGUAGAAUGCAAGUGCUAAAGCGGCAAGUCCAGUCACUCACAAUGCACCAAAAGAAACUGGAGGCGGAAUUGCAGCAAAUUGAAGAAAAGUUUGAGGCCAAAAAGAGAAAAUUUGUAGAAAGCAGUGACCAGUUUCAAGAGGAGUUACAGAAGCACUGCAAACCUGCUGUUGACGACGAUGCUUUCCUGAAGAUGGUCGAUCGUCAGUAUGAUAUUUUGAAAAAAGAGAGAACCAAAUCUCUGGAGGAUUCCAAGAAAACUGCGACUAAUGGCCCUGUGGAAUCCUCAAGCUCGUACGCCCAAAACGGACAACCUGAGGCGGAACCAAUGGAUACCACUCCUGCUCUUAUUCAAAGUAACGGCGCCGGGCCAAUGAAGGAGCCAGAGAAAGUGGAAGGCCCACAACAUCACCCUCCACGUCCUCAGCCCGUACCUUUGUCGGCGCCUCCUACUCAACAAGCAGACCAUAGUCAAGUGUCCGCGCAAGCAUACAACUCAAUUGGCGCUCCUCAUGGCCCCCCUGCUCAUAUACCUCCGGCAAAUCAUUUGGCGCCUUCUGCGCCUGGACCUACGAGUGUAGCUCCUCAUCCACCUCAUGUUCAAGCGCCGCCUGUUCAAAGUGCGCCACCUACUCCUCACGCUACUGUUAUGAUGCCUCCUGCUCAGGUGCCUCCUCAGCCUUAUCCACAACAAUAUCCACCACAAGGUGCUGGCGUUGCUCCUCCUCAACAAGGCGUUCCUAUUCCUGCUCGCCCACCGCCCCAUCAAGGUUAUGGAUAUCCUGCUGGUCAACCAAACCCAAGCUACCCGCCCCAUCAGCCCCAUCAGCAAAGUUAUCCUCCACCCUCAGGACAAUAUGCGGGAUACGCCCACUAUCCACCACAGAACUACCCGCAGUAUCCUCCCCAGGGUCGCCAACACCCAUACCCGCCUCCACAUGGCGGUGACAGUGGAGGAUCUGAUGGAGGAGCUUCGCCACCAACGCAGGGCAACUAUCCUGUUGACGCCCCUCAGCCUGCAGUUGAGGUUGAGGACCAAGGUAAGGGAAGAAAAAGGAAGCAAUCGGGACCGACAAAGAAACCGAAGAAAAGUAACCCUAAAUCAGAGUAGAGGUAAAAUAGGAUGAAGACGAAACAUUCAAAAUAGAUAACAUUCGUUGCUUCGUAUACAUUAAGGCUGGUCUGGACGAUGUAUCUACAAAACUUUAUGGACUUCAAGAAAAAAGUUACGCUUCAUACAAAUUUCUUCACGCUAAAAUGCAACCUUUUAUGAAUAAAACAGAGUAAAUCCAUAUCAAUUAAAUUUGUGUGAGCAGAGUAUUGGAAUUGGAUCUGAACCCACAGCUCUAUUAUUGUUAAAACGCUUGAGCUCUGAUAAUUUACAAAAAAAACAAUGUGUUGGCGAUAUAAAAUUGGUUCGUUUGAGCUAGGCGAACUUGGACUUGAUCCAGUUCAAUAGUAUUAAAUCUUGUUUCCUAAGUGAAUGGUGAUUUUAUUUCACCAUUUACCACUUAGGAUCUUCAAUAGCUGCGCUUUUAUUCUCAAAUCAGCCAUUAAAUUAUUUGAUUGACGAA